AUGUCAUCUAUUGAACAAACUAUUCCAACUAGUCAAUCAGCAUUACAAUGGGUUAGAGUUAGUGAUAAAAAUCCAUUUGAAUGGACAACAUCAGCACCUGUUAUUGAUCCAUCAAAAUUAGAUGAUAAUCAAGUUUUAAUUGAAAACCAUGCUGUUGCUCUUAAUCCAAUCGAUUAUAAAAUGGCAGCAACAAAUUUUGCUAAUAUAAAAUUACCAGCUGUGACGGGUUUUGAUGUUAGUGGUAGAAUUGUUGCUGUUGGAAAAAAUGUGAAAGAUUUUAAAGUUGGUGAUGAAGUUUUUGGAGUUUUAAGUUUAAAUUCAAGUUAUGGAGGAGGAGCACUUCAACAAUAUUCGGUUGGAGAUGUUGAUACAUUAAUCCAUAAACCAGCAAAUAUUAGUCAUAUAGAUGCAGCAACACUUGGUAUAGCAUUUUCAUCUGCUAUGGAUGGACUUCGUCAAGUUAAUAUUGAUUCAUCUACAUCUAUUUUUAUUCCUGGUGGUUCAGGUGGUGUUGGUCAUUUUAGUGUACAAAUUGCACAAAUUCGAGGAGCUAAACAAAUAAUAACAUCAGUAUCGAAAGAUGAAGGAUUUAAAAUUCUUAAAGAACAAUAUAAAAUAAAAGAUAUUAUAAAUCAUGCUACAGAUAAUAUUGUCGAUCGUGUAUUAGAACUUACUCAAGGUCAAGGUGUUGAUAUUGCUUAUGAUACUACAUAUCUUCCAUCAAACUAUGAAAAAACAAUAAAAACAGUUAAAGAAGGUGGUUCAUGGAUUGUUCUUCGUCGUUUUGGACAAGAUAAUACUAAAGAAAUCAAUAGUGUUACUGAACGAAAAGCAAAAUUUAUUCUAGCUGAUAUUGGACGUUAUUGGUUAGGAUCAGAACGAACACAAAUAAAAACAUUUUUUCAAAAUACAUUAAUACAAGGUGCAAAAUGGAUUGAAGAAGGAAAACUUAAACCAUAUAUUAAUCAAGUAAUUAAACUUGAAGAAGCACAAUAUGCACUUGAAAAAAUUAAACAAGGAACUGGUGGAUUUGGAAAAAUUGUUAUUAAAUUAUUAUAA